AUGGUUGACGCUACUACCAAAAAGGAAGAGAUACAUCAUGCCGACGAAUGGAAUGAUUUCAUUAUCGAUGUAAAACGUUCUCCGACUAGAACACAGAAACUCUUCCUCCAAUACUUAAUUCAAUCUGUCUCUUUGCUUGAUUGCGACAAUGAAACUAGUCUUACGAAGCUCACAACCGAAUCACUGAACGAGCAAUGGCGAAAGGAUAUAGAGAAAUUGUCAAAAGAACCCCGGGAUAAGGCGCUUCUCCAACUUGAUAUACUCCGCAAGGUGUUUCAACUAGCUGAGGGGGCGCAGAAGACGCAACCUGAACUAGAUAUUUGUACAAAGUCCAAAAAUCUUGAAAUACUUGGGCAGACGCUCCAAGUACAUGCUGCCCCGCGCGAACUCAACCUAGAGGCGACACUGCGCUUCCUCACUCAUUGCGAAGCGUUCCGAGAUGAGAAUCUGACUUCAACCAUACUCGAAAGGCGAUUUAACCUCAUACGCAGCUACAUCCCGAUCUACGUGGGCCGUGAUUUACGGUAUAGAUGUGGCGAUUUUAUUAAGCUUCAGAGAUAUACACUCCAACAGUAUGGGUUCUGCCCGUCUAUAACCGACCUCUGUCUACACCUGGGUCAGUUGCAGCCAACUGAUAUCAAAUUGGAGGCCGCCGGUCUAUUUGAAUUAUACCUUUUUAUACGUACGAGCAGGCGGUUGACGGCUGGAUUGGCAAAAGGCCACAGAGUACCUAGGUAUACCAAUGAAGGAUGUUGGAAUAUCUAAUGGCUGAAUAUUAAGCGGCUGGUAAAUUCGCCCCACAUCUGUGGCAUAUAUAUAACUUCUACACGCUUGAUCAUUUCCUAGAUAACUUAACCUUCUAAUAUAACAGAGAACAAACAAGCGUUAGAAAAUGUUUAAGGCUUGACAGUAGAGACCCACCUCUAAGGCGAGCAUAGUAACACCUUUUACACUCGUUCCACGAACGGAAUAUUUACUGAAACCACACGUAUCGGAAAAUAGUCGACACUUUAGGUAAAUCUACAUAUGCAUUAGGUAGGCCGCGUAUGUGGGUGGGUAGAACUUAGCCCGAGAGGUUACUAAAAGGCACAUGAGCACUCUGCUAAUAAUGGACUUCGGUAGGGUUCCAUUCUUCGUCUGAACUUGGAUGCUCAGACAUACAUCAAAUAGGGAUAGAGGCAAUGAUAUAUGGUACUAUGCAAUAGCACUCAUUACUUUCCAUUGCUUUUGUUUAGAAUUGAAUAAUUGGCUCAAAUUUAUUAUUUAUUAUAAAAUACUUG